UCCUCCUUUAUUACACAACGCGGGAGAUUUUCAUAGAAAACGAUGCCCUCCUUCUUCUCUAAACGAUACCGUUUUCUUCUUUCUCUCCUCUCUUCAAUUCAAUGUCUUCCCUUUCACAGUCCAAGUUGUGAGCAUUUGAGAUAACCCUGUCGGCAUCUUCAUGCCCAUUUUUCUCAAUCAAUCAUCCUUCCCUUCUUUCUAAUCUCCUCGUUAUUACCAAUUCCAACUGAUCACUUCCAAUUCAAUUGCUCUCUCUCUCUUGGAAACUAAAGUUCGAGUAGUUCGUUGUCCUAGAUGCCAGAAUCUCUUGCCUGAACCUUCUGGACUUUCUGUUUAUCAGUGUGGUGGAUGUGGUAUUGUUCUUAAAGCAAAGAGUAAAGUUCUCUUUAAUGAGAAAAGGGAUUUUGGGAGCAGUGAGAAAUAUGAGAAUUUCUCAGAACAAGGAGGUAGCAGCUUAGGUGGUGUUUCUGACUCUGAGCGGGGCAGUCCAAGCAUGGAGCCAACUGUAAAUGAGAGAGUCAUGAGGUCCAGAAGGACUGUCUUCAGCAACAGUCCGAUUAGAACAAGUGAUAGAGAGGAUAUAGAUGACUAUGAGAGAAAAAUUGGGAAGGAAACUAAGGGAGUUUGGCCUAUGCAGAGGCUUGGAGAUAAAGAAAUUGGUUCGGUUGAAGAAACGCACAGUCAAUUUUCAGAACAACGUAUCGAGAAUUGGGUUCGACGGUAUAAUAUUGAACAAGACAUGAAUAUUUAUGAUUCUGAUUCUCCAAGUAAAGCACCUUAUCGUAAUCCUACUGGAGCAGCAAGAACCCGAGCUACUUUUGAGCAUCAUAGAGUUGAAAGAGAUGCAUUCGCAGGGUAUUCUGGAAACUCUAUGGCUGGUGCUCAUGGAAAAGGAGCUCCAAAUUUCCGCUAUCCUGGUGACAGACCUUCAAGUUCUAACUUGAAUGUGUAUUAUGGCCAUCCCGAGCCUAAUCGGAACUAUGAAGGUCCUAUAGAAGGCUUUGACCCAAAUCGAGCUGAACUCCUAAGGAGGUUGGAUGAGUUGAAAGCCGAAAUUAUUAAGUCCUGUGAUGUGGGAGAUAGACCAAGAGUUGUUGCUGAUAGAGCUCCAGUUGACCCAUAUUACAGUCGAGCUGGUUACAAUGUCCCAAUGCGAUCUUCGACAAAGAACCCACAGCAUAACCACGACCCUCAGUACUUCGGUCGGGGAAGUGGAACCUUUCCAGCAACAGGUCAUCAUCAAAGAAAUGGUGAGGAUUUCUUACAUCCUCCGAGGCAUGUUGUGAAAGAUAUGCCAUUGUACGAGGAUGAGUUUCAGGAGCAAAUGAUAAGGAAGACUAACCAUCAGCCAGCCCAUCAGUAUCCUCCACGACAACACUAUCCAGAAAGCGUCAUGGAUUUCAAACAAGAUCCUCUUUCUCCAUUGCAUGACGAAGAUGUUUUUUUUCACCAUCCUGCCUGCUCUUGUUCACAAUGCGGCAAAAGGAACAGGCAAGGGCCACCAAAUUCCCCUGCAAGCAACGUAAGUAAUCCGAAAGAGCCAAUAAAAUCUAGCACGUAUCAUAAUGAAACUCCUGUUUCAGUUGGACUCAUGGCUUCCAAUCUGCCGUGUGCUGGCCGUUUUCCAUCUCAAGACACACUUCCACACUCUAGACAACCUAGCGAGCUUGAUUCAGAGAUUGAUGGUUUUGGUCUUGUUCAACCAAGAACGGCUGCAGUUUUCCAGAGAAAUGGAAAAUCUCGAGAUGCAAUUGCUGGCGGUGCUCCAUUCAUUGUAUGUUCUAGUUGCUUGGAGUUACUGAAAUUGCCAAGAAAACUUUACAGGUUGGAGGUGGAUUGGCAGAAACUACAGUGUGGUGCUUGUUCGGUUGUCAUUAUCGUAAAAGUAGAAAAUAGAAAGCUUGUUAUUAGCGUUCCAGCAGAAACCAAGCCUACUGAAGUUUCUCCUAAUGAUAGUUCCCCCAAAAGCGUUGUCAAUGCUACCAGCUCCAUAGAAAGUUCUGAUAAUUCUAGUCUUAAAGUGAUCGAUACCGACCACAACAAGCCCUCUGACGACCAGGAUUCAAAUUGCGCUAAACCACAGGAGGAGGUAACUUCAUCUCCCAUUUCUUCCAAGGAAAAAGAGUCCCCAACUAUUAAUUGUGAUCCCAAAAAUCUCUCUGACUCUGAUGACCUGCCUUUGAAAGAUACACCAUCUGUAAUAAGUUCCGUGGAGAAUUCUGACAACCCUUCUCAUGAUAAACCUAGCGAACACAGAGAAGGAACUGAAGAUAAGCAGAAAGUUAUGGUAGAUGAUGUCACCGAACCAAGUGAGUUAGACGUCUCGUUUGAUGAUUAUGCAAACAUUCAUGUUUCUCAUGAUUCUGUGGAAAUAAACAAAGAAGAAGAAGAAGAAGAAGGAGAAGAAGGAGAAGAAGGAGAAGAAGAUCAAAGCAAGAUCAAAAGCAAUCAAGAAUCUGAAACCUUCUUUGUGGGUCUCAGUAGAAACAACUUGAGAGAUUUUUCAAGAUCAAGUGAAAUUACGGAUAAUGGAAGGCCUACUGUUUCGGUUAAUGGCCAGCCUUUACCAGCUCAUAUAGUUAAAAAGGCUGAAAAGCAUGCUGGACCCAUUCUUCCUGGAGAUUAUUGGUAUGAUUACCAAGCUGGAUUCUGGGGUGUAAUGGGCCAUCCAUGUCUUGGAAUUAUUCCUCCAUUUAUCGACGAGUUCACCUAUCCAAUGUCAAGGAACUGUGCUGCUGGAAACACUGGAAUCUUUGUCAAUGGGAGAGAGCUUCAUAAAAGGGAUUUGGAGUUGCUUUCUAGCAGAGGGUUGCCUACUACUACAAAUAAAUUGUAUAGAAUCGACAUUUCGGGAAGAGUUAUAGAUGAAGACUCUGGAAAAGUGUUGUAUAACCUGGGAAAACUUGCCCCAACCAUUGAGAAGGUAAAACAUGGGUUUGGCAUGAAAGUACCAAGAACACUCAAGUGAUACACUCACACAAGGACUUAAGUUUUGGAAAUCUUCCUUCAGAUAUGGAUGCAGCUUCAAUUUCUUGUAAAAUAACCCGAUGCAACGAGACCCUUGUACAUUAAAUCAGUGGGGUUGAUGGCUUACAUGCACCUAUACCUUUUGCUUUACGGAACUCAAGAUUAUUUGCUUUAGAUUCUUUCUGAAUUGUGAGAUUGUUUGUUCAUAUAUAAACUUGAAGUUUGUAAGAGGGUCGUAUUUAUCUGUAUUUUUUAAUUGGGGGGGUGGAGUUCAAAUGUUAGCUAGCAUUUCUCAUCCAUGUACAAGGAACAAGAUUAAUGUAGUUGUUAGAAUAACUUGGAAUAUCUGUUAUGUUCAAGAAAUUUUUUAGUAUUA